AAUGAUUCAGGGGCAUAAUGCAGACAUAUCAGACUUGUGUGCUGUGUUUUGAAUUUAUCAGGAGACGAAUCCGAAUCGAAAAAAACUCAUCUACCUCCAAGAUUAGUGGCCUGAAGCGAAUCAGAAGUACCUCCGCACAUGAAUUAUCAAAAAAAAAAAAAUCGUAUUUUGUUUCCUUGCUUUUGUGGCUUUAGCAGCGGCAGUUCUCUCUUGAUUACUUGAUUUUACUUCUUCACUCCUUAAAUAGUCACGUUGAUCGAGUCACUGUAACCAUCUUCACUCUUGCCUCAUCUUCCAUGGCUACAUCCUCUCCUCUCCUUCACAUUCAAUUCCUCCUCCUUUGCUCCGCCCUCCACUUCACCGUACUCGCCGCUUCCGGGACCGCCGACGGGUCUGAGGAGUGGGGAUACGUCCAAGUCCGGCCAAAGGCGCACAUGUUCUGGUGGCUCUACCGGAGUGCUCAGAGGACUGACGCCGGCCCGACUCCAUGGCCGACCGUGCUCUGGCUCCAGGGCGGACCUGGCUCCUCGGGCGUCGCCAUGGGGAACUUCGAAGAAGUCGGGCCGCUGGACGCGAAUCUCAAGCCUCGGAAAUCGACGUGGCUGCAAAAGGCUGACCUCCUUUUUGUGGACAAUCCCGUGGGUACAGGGUUCAGCUUCGUGGAGGACGAGAGCCUUCUUGUGAAGAGCGACGUGGCGGCGGCCACGGAUUUGACGACGCUUCUCAAGAAGCUCUACAAUGGCAACGAAGCAUGGCAGAAGAGCCCGCUCUUUAUUGUGGCAGAAUCUUAUGGAGGGAAGUUUGCUGCCACUGUUGGUUUAGCUAUCCAUAAAGCCAUUAAAGCAGGAGAAUUGAAGCUCAAGUUUGGAGGUGUUGCUUUGGGAGAUAGCUGGAUUUCACCAGAAGAUUAUGUGUUCUCUUGGGGGCCUCUGCUGAAGGAUAUAUCAAGGCUCGAUGGAAAAUCUGCAGAGGAAUCGAACAAAAUAGCUGAAGAAAUUAAGCAGCAGAUAGCAAAUGGACAAUACAAUGAUUCAGCAUACACAUGGGGAAGGCUUGAAGACUUCAUCAGUUCUAAAAGCAAUGAUGUUGAUUUUUACAAUUUCUUGUUGGACUCUGCAAGCGAUCCUCUGUCACUGGCAACAACUACAGAAGUGGGAAGGAAGCAAGUAAUGAAGGCGUAUACAACAUACUUGAGCUCUAAGGCUUCUGCAGAUGUUGACAUUUCGAGCCUCAUGAACGGUCCAAUCAGGAACAAGCUCAAGAUCAUUCCAAGAAAUGUGAGCUGGGGAGAGCAGUCUGACCUUGUCUUUAAUUAUCUUUCCAAUGACUUCAUGAAGCCAAGAAUCAAAGAGGUUGAUGAGCUCCUUUCCCUGGAAGUCAAUGUCACCGUCUAUAAUGGACAGGUUGAUUUAAUUUGUGCAACCAAGGGCACUGAAGCCUGGAUUCAGAAGCUGAAAUGGGAAGGAUUAAAGAGUUUCAACAACAUAGAUCGAACGCCUUUAUAUUGUUCUAGUGAGGAAGCAGGACUCACCCGGGGCUUCCUAAAAUCUUAUAAGAACUUGCAUUUCUACUGGAUUCUUGGAGCAGGACAUUUUGUUCCAGUAGACCAGCCUUGCAUUGCACUAAAGAUGAUUGCCGACAUUACGAAUUCUCCUGCUGUGUCUUCUUAGCAUUGUUGAUAUCCCUCCUGGCAUUAUAAGAACAGGAACAGAGUGGAAAUGCAAUGUUUAUUCUUCACAUUUCUAUUGUUUGGGUGAAAAGGGGAAUAAGAUGAUGAAUUAUUUAAAUCAAACAGUUAGUUGUUUAUAUUGAUCAACUUGUCCUUGCAUAAUCUUCGAGUACUA